UGUUCAGCCAUCGAUAUCAGGCGUCAAGGUUGCGAUCUUCCAGCCAAGUGUUCACUCAUCCAGGUCAAUCAACAGGAUUCUGAUCUCCCGUCCAUGUGUUCCGCCAAUCAUGUCAAGCGUCCAGGUUCCCAUCUCCCUGCCAUGGUUAUAGAUUGUUCAGUCAUCCAGGUCAAGCAUCUAGGUUCUGAUCGCCAAUCCAUGGUUAUAGCCAUCCAGGACAAGCAUCAAGGUUCCGAUCUCCCAGCUAUGGCUAUAGUCAUCCAGGUCAAGCAUCUAGGUUCUGAUCGCCAAUCCAUGGUUAAAGGUAUAAAACAACAUUAUGGGCGUAUACUCACUAGUUUUAAUCUAGUUCUAGUCUCCAGCCAUCCAGGUCAAGCAUCAAGGUUCUACUCGCCCGUCCAUGGUGUUUUCCAGAUCAAGCAUCAAGAUUCCGAUCUCCCCGCCAUGGUUAUAGAUUUAAUAUAUCUCCAGUCUCCAGCUAUCCAGAUCAAGCAUCAAGAUUCCGAUCUCCCUGCCAUGGUUAUAGAUUUAAUAUAUCUCCAGUCUCCAGCUAUCCAGGUCAAGCAUCAAGAUUCCCAUCUCCCCGCCAUGGGUAUAGUUCUAGUCUCCGACCAUCCAGGUCGAGCUUCAAGGUGCUGA